GCAACCGAUCCUGAGGAAAGAUUCUACUGACAGCGGAUGCUCUCCUCCAGGUCUCUACUAUAUUACAAGUAUCUAUCACACUAAAAGGAUGUGCCCAAAGGCAUUCGUAUGUCGUUUUCUACGCUGCAACGCGAGUUAUCAGCGGAAGGAGCACCUUCGUCGCCAUGAGGCGCAACAUUACCGCCACCAGCUUUUCCAAUGUCUAACUUGUAAUCGAGAAUUUGGCCGAAGUGACACACUCCGGCGACAUAUGCAAAAGGUACAUGGAGUAAAGGAGCCUGCACCUCUCACAAAAUAUGCAUGUACACACUGUCGAGAGCAAAAGUCUCGGUGCCAAGGAGGGCCACCAUGCAGCAAUUGCCUGCGCCGCGGAAUUCAAUGUUCUCGGAGCCAACAGGCUGAAGUACAACAAAGUGGCUAUCUCAGUUGCCCGACAGACACACUAUUAACAGCGUCGCAUGAUAGUCCCACCCAACCCAAAAUAAGUCGCUCUGAAAGGGAUAGACAUUUUCUUGGUCUGUAUUUUAAGUUAUUUCACCCUUACUGGCCAUUCAUUCACCAGGGGUCGUUCCGCGAGUAUGAUGAGACACCCUUACUUGUCCAGUCGAUGAUUGUCAUCGGUUUGUGGGUGAGUAAUGAACAGAACGCACAGUCAAAAGCAAUUGACCUCCACAAUGUCCUGAGCUCGGCUAUACAGAAACAGAAAGAGCUAUGGGAUGCUUCGAUCUCGGAGGACGCAUGCAGUUCCUGUUCCUGGCCUAUCCCAACAUACCAGGCUAUCUUGCUCCAUAUAAUUUUUGCUGUCUUAUAUAAAGGCGGUGGAGCGCUUAGUCUGGGUCUGAAGCCUUGUAUUACUCCUGCUGAUACUGAUCUGCUUAACAGGCUUGUUGCAAGUUGCAAAAAGCUAGGCAUGCUAUACUAUCCAAACAUGCUUUCCCGAUAUGGCCAGGAUGAUCUUGCUGCAUAUGUCUGGGUAAGCAUUGAGGAAGUUAAACGGUUCAACCUGGCUCUAUAUAAAGUUUGCAGGGCUUUCAGCAAACAGGAGAAUAGUGUAGACAACUUGGAUAUAGCAGGAGCGGGAAGCAGGGGGCUCCGUGCACGCGACUUACGAUUUCCAUUGCCAAGGAACACUCCAUUGUGGAACGCUGUAAGCAAAGCAGAAUGGGUAUCGGCGGCUACAGAGGAUGUGUACCGCCAUAGCUUACAUGACACUUUGGAAGCGGAAUGGAUCUCAAAGUCAGCGAAAGUCUUGGAACUAAUUGAGACAUAACAUCUUUUUGGGUGGUUUGAUUUCCAACUGGGCGUUACUACGAUCGGAAACACCCCAUCAAGCUUGUCUUAAUAAUUACAUAUAGUUUCCAAGUCAUGCGACUUCAC